AUGACGCAAAUAAAAUUGCGUGCGCCGAGAACAAAUUCUACAAUGACAACGACAACGACGACGACGACGAGGGCACGAUUUGCAACGCGAACGCACGCCACAACGGCCGCAACGGCCACGGUAACGGCAGCGACAGCGACAGCAGCGCCAUCGCACAUAAUGAAAAUGAAACGGAAACGUAAAAUACCGGAAAUUUCAUUGCUAAUUGCAGCAAUUUGGAUUAACAGCUUCUGUCCGUGGUCAGGCCAUGGCGGUGGUGUGCCGCUCGCCUACUGUUCGCAUAUGCCCGGCUCAGCUGCGGCAGCAUUGGGCGGUGUUGCCGCCUAUACAGUUGAUGCUGCACACCUGCAUGCCAGCGACAUGCAUCACAGCCAUCACUACGACGAUGGCGGUGGGGGCAGCAGUAGCAGCAUGGAGAAUAUGGCAAUGCAUGGCGGUGGUCAUGACAUGGGCGGUAUGCCAGAGGAAUCGGAGGAACGCGAUCAUAUCGCCCAUCAUUUUGAAAUGCAAAAUCAUGAAGAACUGCUCGAGGAUAUUCGAGAUGACACUUCAGUGAACCUUAUACCUGAGAAAGAUUUACCAAAAUUCGGCGAGCCAUUACAAAAUGUCACGAUACCGGUGGGACGAGAGGCGAUACUGCAAUGUGUUGUGGAUAAUCUACAAACAUAUAAG